UGAUGAAAAACUUGAUGGGAAUUAGCAUUUCAAGGAUAUUUCAAUUCAAGUAUUAUUUCUUGUCUUGCAGUGUAUACCCGGCAAGAGUUAAAUGUAGUUCAUAGUAUCUAACAUCAAAAAAUUAAAUUUAAAUCUAUAAAUUCUGAUAAGUUAAACUUAUAGUCGUAUACAUUAUUUGUUAAAUACAUCGGUUACUUGAACAGUGAGGCUUCAGAAACUCACAUUUACGUAAGACACGUGCAAAGAAGGUAAUUAUAGGUUUUCAGUAUCGGCUAUUAAACAAUUAAUAAUGUUUGAAAGAUGCAAAAGAAAUCGAAGAAAUUCCGAAAAAUUUAGCGGAAGAUUAGAAUGUAAAGUUACAAUCAUCACUGGGUCAAAUUCAGGAAUUGGCAAAGCUACAGCUUUAGAUUUUGCAAAAAGGGGAGCUAGAGUUAUUAUGGCAUGUCGAAAUCUCGCGAAAGCCAAUGUGGCUAAAGAGGAAAUUGUGAAACUAUCUGGAAAUGAAAAUGUUGUGGUUCGUCAUGUGGAUUUGGCAUCACUCAGAAGUGUCAGAAAUUUCGCUCAAAAUAUAAUUUCAACAGAAGACCGAUUACAUGUCCUUGUGAACAAUGCAGGAAUUGCUGGAGUUGCGAAUAUAAAAUCUGAAGAUGAUAUCGAUUUGGGAUUACAAGUGAACCAUUAUGCACCUUUCUUACUAACAAAUUUAUUAAUAGAUUUGUUAAGAAAAUCAGCUCCUAGUCGUAUCAUACACGUAUCUUCCAAAAUGCAUAAAAUGGGAUCUUUAGAUUUUGAUAAUAUGAACUGUGAAAAAGGAAUGAAUAUUUUAACGGUUUAUGUCAAUAGUAAAUUAUACAAUGUAAUUGGUAGCAAUGAAAUUGCAAGACGUUUGGAAGGAACAGGUGUUACGUCGAACAGUUUACAUCCUGGUGUCAUCAGAACUGAGAUUUAUCAAAACUUUAAUGCUGUGGGUAGAUACCUUCUAAAUAAAACAUGUGACCUAUUUUUUAAGACAGCAGAGCAGGGCGCACAAACAACAAUUUACUUAGCAGUUAGUGAUGAGGUUGCCAAUUGUUCAGGAAGAUAUUUCAAAGAUUGCAAGAAAAACUACUGCGGUCAACAGUAUUAGAACAACAACAAAAUAUCUUAAUUACGUCAAGAGUUAUAGAGGUUUACAGAAUAAAAUGGGGGUUUUUGAAAAACAAAGCACAACAUUUAAAUAUGCAUAACCUCUUAGAAACAUUUUUUUUUUGCAAAUCGGAAAAAUACGUAUCGCCUCAUUUCCUUUAAAAAGCAAAAUAUUUGGCCCCCGAGAGAAUAAAGUACAUAAUUAAUAUAGGUAUAUAAUAAUAAUAUAUAUGAUAAUAAUUUAAUUACUUUAAUGAUUUUGAUUUUAAAAUUUUAAUAAUCAGAGAAUAUUCAAAUAGAUUUAGAAUUAUCUGUUUAAUGGAUAAAAAUUGAAGAAUUAUUAACCUAAUGUUUUACAUUAGGUUAACAUGAGCUCAUAAGGAGCCAAUUCCACCGACAGGUCGUUUCAAUACAUUUUGUGUGGAAUCCUUUCAAAAAAUCUAUUUUAAAUUCAAAAGUAAUCUAAACCAAUAUCCACAACUUUUGAAAUUCAAUAAAGACUAUGUAUGCACUCAUAUUAGCUUUCUUUAAUAAUAUUCAUCUGAGGUUGUUCACUCUGGGAUUUUUAAUUUUUGAACUUUGAACAAAA